UUCGGGUUUAGGGCAAGAAUUCUCUAUGCUUAUGCCUGCAAAGGGAAGCUGAGAAGCUUCUAAGUAGUGUAUUAAUGGAGGAGAGAAAAGACAAGAGAAAAUGAGAUGAGAAAGUAAUAAGGGUUUAGUACAAACUACAACUACCAGGCUCAGGGAUAUCUUGGAGUAGCAUUAAAGUCUCUCUUUAUAUCUCCUUCUUUAUGUGCUUGUGAAUUUGGACUCAUAAGAUAUUCUUGCUACACUCAUAUGCAGAAGCUAAAGGUAGAUUGAUUAGAAGAUGAAAUAGGCUAGUGUUGUAAAUUCAUGUACAUACACAUUAAUAUCUAGGUGAGCAAGAACUUUUAAAGAACAAUCAUGGGGUAUGGAUAUCAGAUCAUCCACAUGAUUUUCUUGAUCAUCUUUUUGCUCACAUCAUUCCACUUUUUGUUUCAUGGUGCUGUAUUGAAUGAGGCAUCAUUUUUUGAUGUUCGAAGUCGACAAGAUGGGGAAAAAAUUUAUCAUAUCAGAAAAGUAGGAGGCGAAAAUAUAGGAUUGAGUUUUGGGAAGUUCAGAGCUUUGCUUGGCCUGAGGAGUUUCAUGACAAGAAAAGAGUCAUAUUAUAGAGCUAAAUUUAGAUAUGGUGCACAAGCCCCUUGUCCCUCUGAAGUUUCAGCUCCUGCUCCGGCUCGGGCCUUGCCUCUUCAUGUACAUUCUCAUCAUCAUCUUUCACCGAGGUCUGAUCUCCUGCCACGUGUGACUGUGCCGUUUCAGAAGAUGCACGUGAACAAUGAAGGAAAAAAUAGUGGUAGAAGAAAAUUGGUAGCAAUUCUUGUGUCUACUAGUGCCACAUUUGUGCUAUGUGGGAUUGGCCUUACAUGGGGAUGCAAAAAAAUCCGAAAAAGGAGAAGAUCAACAAGUACAGUGUCGGUAGUGCAUAGCACUGAGGGAGGGACAAGAAGUGUGUCAAAGUAUGUUGUUAAUUCUCAGAAUUCAGUGAGAAAGGUAACUUCUGAUCCAGGCCCUGACCUGUUUUAUCUGAAUACGAUUGAAAGCGCCUUAGAGCCGCAACCUUUUACUAUCAAAGCUUGGGAUUCUGUUAAUGCUGAUUCUUUGGUUAGUAGAGAAACUGUAUCAGUAAAUGAAGCUGAUAAAAGGAUCAAGCAUGAACCAAUUGGUUGUAGCUCUCAGUUUCGUGUGAACGAUACUCCUGAUGAAGCUCAUUCAUCUGAUGAUGAGUCUUUCCAUUCUUUAUGCAAUUCACAUUCAUCGAAUGCUAGACUUUCCAAUGCUUCAGCAGGUACAGUUAGUGAUACUUCUGAAGUUGUUUCCUCUAAUGUGUCGAAUGCUUUAGCCUCCCCAGUGAACUCCGGAGUCUCAUCCCCUACCCCAGUCUUAAAAUCUCUGUCAUGUCCUCCUCCACCACCACUGCCUCUGCUUGCUAGGACAGACAUUUUUCCUUCUAGCUCCACCUCUUGUUCCACAGAAAGGGUAUCUACGAGCCCAAGUUCCUCCACAUUGCUGAACUUAUUAUCACCUAAAAAUUCUUAUUCCUCUUCAGGGUCUAAUCAAAAUCUUUCAAAAGCUCCAAUUGGAAUUCCUCGACCACCAAUCCCUCCUCCGCCUACAAAAGGGUAUGGAAAUCCACAAAAUGGUCCACCGCCACCGCCACUUCCACAACAAAUUCCACUGAGCAAAGAUGGUGUCCCAUUAGCUAAGCUGAAACCACUUCACUGGGACAAAGUUAGAGCUUCACCUGAUCAAUCAAUGGUAUGGGACAAGCUGCGAUCAAGCUCAUUUGAAUUUGAUGAGGAGAUGAUUGAGUCACUCUUUGGCUACAAUUUGAAGACUUCAAUGAAUAAUGAGGACACAAAGAGCAAAAGUCCUUCUCCAAGCAAGCAUGUUCUCGAGCCAAAACGACUGCAAAAUAUUACCAUACUCUCAAAAGCCUUGAAUGUGACUGCUGAACAAGUCUGUGAUGCACUAAUGCAAGGGACAGGCUUGACUUUGCAACAACUAGAGGCACUGAUUAAGAUGGAACCGACUAAAGAAGAAGAGGGAGAUCUUGCAAGCUAUAAAGGAGACAUUAACCAACUAGGCUCAGCGGAGAAAUUUGUAAAGAAAAUGCUUAACAUACCUUAUGCAUUUUUGAGGAUUGAAGCCAUGCUUUACAAAGAAACAUUUGAAGAUGAGGUAGUUCAUCUCAGGAAGUCCUUCUCAAUGUUAGAGGAUGCCUGCAAGGAACUGAGAUCAAGCCGGCUCUUCCUCAAAUUACUCGAGGCAGUGCUGAAGACAGGAAACAGAAUGAAUGUUGGAACAACCAGGGGAGGAGCCAGAGCAUUCAAGCUGGAUGCUCUCCUUAAGCUUGCUGAUGUAAAAGGAACUGAUGGAAAAACCACAUUGCUUCACUUUGUUGUCCAAGAAAUAGUACGAGCAGAAGGAAUCAAAGUCUCCGAAAGCAUCAUUGGAAAAAUUAACAAUCAAAAGAACAAGAGCAAAAACGUUGAGAACUGCGAAGAAACUUACAGAAAGAUGGGCCUGGAUCUUGUUUCUGGCUUGUCAACAGAGCUGUACAAUGUCAAGAAGACAGCUACUCUAGAUAUCGAUGUCAUUGCAAGCUCUGUUUCGACCUUAUCAGAUGGAAUGACAAAGUUACAGCAUUUGGUGAACAAAGACUUGUCGAAAGAGGAAAAAAGUGGAAACUUUGUGCAGGCAAUGAGAUCAUUCUUAAAUAAUGCAGAAAAAAAUUUGAGGGAGUUGCAAGAAGAUGAGAGCGUAGUGCUAUUACAUGUAAAGGAAAUAACUGAGUACUUCCAUGGCAAUGUAAGCAAAGAUGAAGCCAAUCCCUUACGUAUAUUCGUGAUUGUUAGAGACUUUUUGGGCAUGCUGGAUCAUGUGUGCAAAGAAUUAAGGACUUUCAAGGUUCCGAUUUCCCCGACUCCGCUAGCAGCAUUUAGGUAGAAGUAGAUUAGAGUUCCUGUCUGUGUGUUUAUAUGCUUUUUUUUUUUUUUUUUUGUAAAAACUUUAAAUCUGUGUGACUUCAAGCAAUGACAUCUCUCAACAUCUUUAAAUUGUAUAUUGAGUUAUAACACGAUUUGAGUUAAAUUCUAAAGAGGGCGGUUAGAAACGU